AUGACGGGGUCAUUGUGUCUCUUUAAGCCUCUGAUCAAACGUUGGGUAGUCCCUAAACCAGAUAAAAUCCAGCUUACAGGAAACACUGCCCCACACCCAACAGAUCCGCCCGCCACCAAACAGAUCCACACCAAACAGAUCCACCACCAAACAGCCCCACACCAAACAGAUCCGCCACCAAACAAAUUAACCACCAAACAGCCCCACACCAAACAGAGCCGCCACCAAAUAGAUCCACCACCAAACAGCCCCACACCAAACAGAUCCACCACCAAACAGAUUCACCACCAAACAGCCCCACACCAAACAGAUCCGCCACACAGAUUCACCACCAAACAGAUCCGCCAUCAAACAGAUCCACCACCAAACAGCCCCACACCAAGCAGAUCCGCCACACAGAUUCACCACCAAACAGAUCCGCCAUCAAACAGAUCCACCACCAAACAGAUCCGCCAUCAAACAGCCCCACACCAAACAGAUCCACCACCAGAAUUUCGCUCAGCAGGUUGUCGCCAUACACGCAUUCGUCCCUCCGCCAUACAUGCAUUCAUCCAUCGGUCAUAG